AUGGUCCCGUGCAAGCUCUCCGAGCUGCGCCCUAUCAUUUUCAACUAUCGGUCUGUCGGGAAAAAAACGGCGGAUCAUCGCGCCUCGAAUUCGCUCAUCAUCGCUUUGCGACUGCAAGCCGCGGCUUGGGAUUUGGUGCGCGAUCGCGGCGAGGCGAGACAUUUUGCUGCGACGAUCCGCCGUUAUUUUUCCGACAGACUGAUAACUCUCGGCAAACUUUCAGUCAGCGCAUUGACCCUGGGAAUGGUUAGACUCGACGAACCAUCGAGGUGCCGCUGGCCCUACUUCGCGACAAAAUCAAAUUUCUUUUCACUUCAGCCACACGAUGGCCUAAAACUAUGAUGACUAUUUUCCCGACAGACUGAUGUUCGAUCUAUUUUUUAUUGUCAUUUUACCCUCGUUUCAAAAAAGUUUCCUCAUUCCAUGAGGCCAUUCCGGGCGCAACACUUAUCGCCACCCCAAUGUAAACAAAAUUCUCGGUGCAGAAACGUAUUCGCAGAUAAAGAUGGGUCACAUGGUUCGAAUAAUAAUUAAAUUUUUUAUUUUUCUUUAUGUUUACAAACGAAAAUACUCGUGGCGAUAAGCGGUGUAGUGAUAAGCCACAAUGUCAGUUCUGCAAACAAGGUUGCGGUAAACAAAAUGUGUCUAAUGUAGAGUACGUUCUACGAGAAGAUUUCGAAUGUAUUUCGGAGAAGAAAAAAGGAAUAAAUCAAAAUAUCAACAAUAGUCGUUGAGCUGCGACGCUAACAUUUUCUUUAAACUUACAGGGGAAGUACUCCAAUUGCGACGCUCAGAUUUUCUUUAAAUUUUGCACACACGUCGGGUAUGGACUAAAUAUCAAUUCCUGAAAGUCUUACGAGGGAAUGGUCUGAACUUCCCCCAGCGUUUGGGAAAAUGACUACAGUGAGGGACGGGAUCCAAUGGCAAAAAACGACUUAUUUUGCAUCCCGGAAGGGACCAAAAUGUCUCCAAACCCUUCCCUUCUCUAAGCUAAAAAACCCCGAUUUGAAGAUCCCGCCUUGAAGGAAAGGGCGCGCUUUUCAAAGCGGAGUUUUUUAGCUUAGAGACGGGAAGGGUUUGGAGUCAUUUUGGCCCCUUCCGGGAUGCAAAAGGAGACGUUUUUUGCCAUUGGAUCAGGUCCCUCACUGUAGUACAGGUGGAUAGAGCAUGUCAACUUUGGUAAAAAGAGCCAUUUUCCAGCUGCGGAAUAAGCCCGGCUGACGAGAAAAAUCGACCGAAAGUUCCACAAAAAUUUCCUCUUUCUCUUCCUUCGGAAAAGAAGAGCGGUGUCCAAUGGUUCAGUUAGCCGAGUGGAUAAAACAUCCGCUCGGUACUCUUUUGGGGGUUGGUUCGGUUCCGGGGUCUCGUGGAAGGACCAUGAUAAGCCUUUGAUGAGCAAGAUCAAACUCUCAACCCAAAAAAAUAUUUUGCCAUUUUUAUACGUUUUAUAGGGGCAUUAUACCAAAACAAUAAUCGUCAACAAAUGCAUUUUUGGGUGCUUCCGAACUUUCAAAGCGAUGGAACGGCGAAGUUACACUGGUUUGGUGAUAGACUUGACUUUGAAAAGGCAAAAUAAUUUUUUUUUGAUUGUUAGAGUUUGAUCUUGCUCGGUCCUUCGCGAGACCCCGGAAUCGAACCAACCCCCAAAAGAAUGCCGAGCGGAUGCUUAAUCCACUCGGCUAACCGAACCAUUGGGGACCGCUCUUCUUUUCCGAGGGAAGAGAAAGAGGAAAUUUUCGUGGAACUUUCGGUCGAUUUUUCUCUUCGGCCGGGCUUAUUCCGCAGCUGGAAAAUGGCUCGUUUUACCAAAGUUGACAUGCUCUAUCCACCUGUACUAGUCAUUUUCCCAAACGCUGGAGGAAGUUCAGACCAUUCCCUCGUUAGCUCGCGCUUUGCGGGUGCCGCCGAGAUAUCAAACCACUUUUGCCGCCGAGAGAGCACGCUAAACGUGGAGAGCGGUCAGAGAGGAACGCUCUUUUUGGCCAUAACUUUGGCAGUUUCGUGCGGAAAAAUUUGAUUUUUUGUAAAAAUAUUAUCGUUUACGGUUGAAAUAGGCAUAAAACGUUUCGUGCCGAAAUUCGGCAAAAAGUCCUAAAUUUUGGCCGACUUUCGAUCAAAAAAAUCUCGGUUGUUUCUGCAAAGCGCGAGCUAGGAUUCUCGUAUAUAUCUUAGAAAAAAUUAUUCUAAAUUUGUGCCAAGUUUCAUCAUAAUCUGAGCGUCGCACUUGGAGUACUUCCCUGUUAGCCCGGGUUAAAAAAUUGUCAAGUUCGCAGACUCACAGUCCUUUUGCGCCGUCGGCAAUUGAAUCGUUGCCUACUGUUUCUCAUCCAUAGGCUCGACCACAACGUCAAAAUCCACUUUUCAACGCCAAAACAAUAAUUCCACACCCAUGUGUGCACGGCUCCCCGAACAUGUUGUUUUUAUCGAGUUCAGGAAACAUUCACCAACAUUAGUCGCAGAGCUCAAGCUCUCUGCUCAGAGGCGUGGAUUCGGCUUCGGCUGUGGCCUCGAUGAAGCCUUAUCAGCGUGGAAUCGCACUUGUUUUGCACGCCGGUGGGGUAUAAAUACACACAAAGUUCGAUGGAGGUAAACAUAUACAUAUAGGUUGGUUGCUGAAACAUUUUGACAUGUUUUUAGGCGAUUUUUUUUAGCGAAAAAGCUACGAGUCGUCCGGAAAGUGGCAAGACACAUUUUUGAAGAUUGCACUGUGCGAAAAAGUCAGGGUGCGAGCGACAGCCCAAAAAAGACAUUUGCACGGUGCAAAAAACAAAAAAUUGCACAGUGCAGAAUAAACCUUUGUUUUCGCACAGUGCAUGUCGCCAAAAUCACUCCAGCGACUUUCCGGACAGACUAACAGUCUGUCGGGAAAAUAAUGUGGACAUGUCGCGACUUAAAAUUUUCCAUCAACUCCUUUGCAACGGCUAGCCGCAGCUAGGGAUUUGGUGCGCCACUGCGACAAGGAUAGAUAUUUUGUUCCGAAAAAUCCACAUUAUUUUCCCGACAGACUGAUGCUGGUCGCGCCACGAAGUCCGUAGAGUUUUGCACAGUGCUUUCAUCGCUUUUUUCGCAUGCAACGCUGCACUAGCGAGAUACUUUUCUGCGAGCGCACAAAAAAUACCACAGGCUUUAUGGCACACCUAGUAUCUUGGCUGAAAUUUUUAGGGCCUUAUGUGUGGACUAGGCAAAGCAAAGGUCCCAAAUUUAAAGACAGUAUAAGUUCUGACCUUUGAAAAUUUUAACUUUUAGCUCAACGUCUCCCUUGACUUUGUGGAUUUUUUGGCCACAAUUUUUUUCACUUCAGCGACGCGAUCAGCGACUUUGUGCUCAUUAUUUUCCCGACAGACUGAUAAUCUUUAUUUCUACAGAAGCCAUGACCGAGACGAUUCCCAAGACCCAAAGAGCGGCCGCUUAUGACAAGCACAACUCGCCCAUUUCCAUCCGCGAACUUCCCGUCCCCGAGCCCGAAGCUGACGAUGUGCUGAUCAAAGUGUUGUACACCGGCGUCUGCCAUUCGGAUCUGAGUAUCUGGAAAGGCCUCUUCGACGGCCCGCAGAAAUUCCCGUGUGUUGGAGGGCAUGAGGGCGCUGGAGUGGUCGUUAAGUUGGGAAGCAAUGCGAAGUAUCUGAAGGUUGGAGAUAAGGUUGGAGUCAAGGUAAAAUACGAGAAUUUUUGAUGACUUUGCGGGGUGGAAAAUUGGAGAAAUAUUUUUUUAAUACAGCAAAGCCUUUGCAGAACGAAUUUCAGGGGAGUAAAAAAAUAUUUGUUAUAGAAGGAGUUCGUUGUAGAGAGGUUUGUUUUGGGGUAAAAUUAGCCUGUAGGACCGUUAAAAUUGUCCGUUAUAGAAAAGUUUUGUUGUAUAGAGGUCUUACUAUCGUUUCUGUAAAUUUGAAGCUAAAAAAUCUCGGAUAUAAAGAAGAAAAUUCUGCUCUACAUUUGGAACAAGUUUGGUAAAAAUUUUGGAAAAACUACUUUUUUUUAUUUAAAAAAUUAAAAAAUUUCAAAAAAAGUUCAAAAUUUUUUUUGUCUUUCAAAAAAAUCAAAGGUUAAUAAAAGAUAUAUAAUCUUUUCCAGUGGAUCAACGGGACCUGUAACAACUGUGAGAUGUGUCGGCGUGGGUUUGAGCCCAAUUGCCCGGACGCCAUCAACUCCGGCUUCUCCAGACACGGCUCUUUCCAACAAUACUGUCUGAUGCGCGAAAAUGAAGCCAUCAAAAUUCCGGAUGGACUUGACUUGGCGCAGGCUGCGCCCAUCCUUUGCGCCGGUUUGACCGUCUACAAGGCGCUGUUGGUGUCCGGAGCGCAAGCCGGCGAUAUUGUGGCGAUUAAUGGAGCUGGCGGCGGAUUGGGAAGUCUGUGCAUUCAGUACGCAAAGGCUAUGGGAUUCCAGGUAAAAAACCAUAAAGUUUCCUUUUUUGAUUUAUUGGAACAAAUAAUUAAAAUUUAGAACAAGUGAAGUUCAAUUAAUCGUAUUUUAAACUUUUUUAAAAAUUUCUUUUCAAAAUUUUUGUGACAAAAAAAUAUUUUUUGAAAUUCGACAAAAAGUCUCAAAUUUUUUUCGACUUUCGACCGAAAAAUCUCUACCGUUUCUGCCAAGCGCGAGCUAGGAUUCUCGCAUAUAUUUUAGAAAAAAUCAUUCGGAAUUUGCGCCAAGUUUCAUCAAAAUCUGAGCGUGGCACUUGGGGUACUUCCCCUGUAAAUCAAAUUUUUAAUUUUCUCAAAUUUUUUCAAUUAAAAAAUUACAAAAAAAUGUAAAAAAUAGUUUUUUUUGAGUUUUUUCCAGCAAAAAACCGGUCGGAAAUUUUUGAUGAAUUGUAUCUGCUAAGCCCGUAUUUUGUCUUGAAAAGCAAAAUUUUUUUGAUUUUUCAAAUUUUUUUCCGACAAAAAUUAGUCAAAAUUUUGUUUCAAGCCAGACCCGUAUUUUUCAUAAAAUUUCCUGAUGUUCGCACUUUUUUCCCGCUAAAAGUCAGCCAGAAAAUCGCCAGAGAUUUACUGCGACCGUAUUUUACCUUAGCAACGACAUUUACAAGUUUUUCCAGGAAAAAAUCGGAAAGUUCUAACUUCCGUAUUUUACUUUAUAAGCUAAUUUCUUGAUUUGUCAAAUUUUUUGAGCAAAAAAAGCGGUCAGAAAAUUGUAAUUGAACAACUGUGAUACACCGUAUUUUACUUUCAAAAAUAGUUUUUUUGAUUUUUCAAAUUUUUUCCGGCUAAAAAUCGGUCAGAAAAUCAUACUACUACAGGGUGGUUCAGCCGAAGCUUCCAUCCUUAUUUCAAGUAUUUCUCCGCCGAUAAUGCACCAAUUUUUAUAAAAUUUAUAUCAAAUUGGAGCUGAGGUUCCCCAUUUUUUGUCCACCAAAUAUGACAGGCCCCAGUUCAAGAAUACCCCCAUACUGACCUUUGACAUUUUCAUUCCAAAUUUUGGAGCCCGAAAUCGGUGAAACUUAGAAAAUUUUUGGAAUGAUUUUCAAUUGAGUUUCUCGGACUUGGAAAAUAUUCGAGUCUUUGGCUAAAUAAGACAUUUAGAUGUAGGUGAAAAAAUUGACGGCAGUCAACGGAAUACUCCUAAUUAAUCUGAAGGCAUCGCUCUUGUGUUCUGGGGUAAUAGGCUUCGUUAAUCGAAAUUUUAAAAAAUACGAACAAAUGGGCGAAACUGUCUAUGUGGAUGACGAAAUCCACCCUGAAGAUAAAUAACGAGUUGUAAGUCCUGGAUUGCUCGAGAAAAGAGCUUUCGUUUUCAAUCGUUCGAUUUGGUGCCGCGCCGGCCCGCGCCGGAUUGAAAUAUGCUUUUUAGGCACUUGCUACUUCUGUAAACCUUACCUUUUUUUAAAAAUUUUCAUCGAAUUUGGCGACUUUGUUUUUGCCGGAAAUCCUAAAAUUUUCCAAGUCCGAGAAACUCAAUUGAAAAUCAUUCCAAAAAUUUGCUAUGUUUCACCGAUUUCGGGCUCCAAAAUUUGGAAUGAAAAUGUCAAAGGUCAGUACGGGGGUAUCCUUGAACUUGGGCCUGUCAUAUUUGGUGGACAAAAAAUGGAGAACAUCAGCUUCAAUUUGAUAUAAAUUUUAUAAAAAUUGGUGCAUUAUCGGCGGAGAAAUACUUGAAAUAAGGAUGGAAGCUUCGGCUGAACCACCCUGUACAACUUCCAAGUUCCGUAUUUUACUUUAAAAUGGAAUUUCUUGAUUUUUCAAUCUUGUUAAAACAAAAAAUCGGUCAGAAAAUUGUAUUAGAACAACUGGCCAAUACUGUAUUUUACUUUCGAAAAUAUUUUUCCUGAUUUUUCACAUUUUUUCCGACUAAAAAUCGGUCAGAAAAUUUAACUGCAACAACUUUCAGCACCGUAUUUUACUUUCAAAAAAAGUUUUCCUGAUUUUUCAAUUUUUUCCAACAAAAAAUCGGCCAGAAAAUUGCACUAAAACCACUGUAUAAUACCGUAUUUUACCCUCCAAUCAAGCACACCCCAAAUUUUUCAGGUCCUUGCGGUGGAGACCAAGGAAAAGGAGCAGUUCUGUCGCGCGCUCGGCGCCGAUUUCUUUGUCUGUCCCUUCUCCUCCAAAGACAUUGUCGCGGAGGUGCAGGCGCUGACGCAGGGCGGUCCACACGCCGUCCUCAACGUCACCAACGCCGUCGCGGCCAUCAACAAGUCCGCCGAGUAUGUGCGCACACGCGGCGUCGUGGUUUUGGUGUCAUUGCCGCCGGGCGAACUGAACCUGAACAUCAUUUCGACCGUGUUUCGGACGGUCGACAUCCGCUCCACGUACGUGGGGAAUCGCAUCGACACGGUGAAGGCGUUGGAUUUUGUGGCCAGAGGGCUGGUUAAAGUCCCCAUUGUAGUGAGGCCAUUUGACAAGCUGAAUGAGACGCUGGACGAGCUGAAAGCCGGCAAACUGAAGGGUCGAGUGGUUCUCGAUCUGUGGAAAUAG